CAGAAACACAACAACCAGCACCAAGAACCCAGAACCAAGAAGACCAACUCUCCAGUGUCAACUCUCAGUGUUUCACAAAACUAAACAAAAUGGUGGGUCUAAAGCCUUCUGACAUCCCUCCUACCCCAGCUGUUAAGUUCCUUGGUGCUGGCACAGCCGCUUGCAUAGCGGACCUCUUCACCUUCCCACUGGACACAGCCAAAGUCAGGCUUCAGAUUCAAGGAGAGUCAACUGGGUCUGUAGCUGCCAAUGGAAUCCGUUACAAGGGAGUCUUUGGAACUAUGAGCACCAUAGUGAAGACUGAAGGAGCCAAAAGCCUGUACAAUGGAUUAGUAGCCGGGCUCCAGAGACAGAUGAGCUUUGCCUCCAUUCGCAUUGGUCUUUAUGACACAGUGAAGCUCUUCUACACCAAUGGAAAAGAAAAAGCUGGGAUUGGAAGCAGGAUACUAGCUGGAUGCACAACGGGGGCACUUGCUGUAACCAUAGCUCAACCCACAGAUGUGGUAAAAGUCAGAUUUCAAGCCCAAGCCAAUCUUCGAGGAGUCAAAAGGAGAUACAAUGGCACUAUGGAUGCCUAUAGAACCAUAGCCAAAAAGGAAGGCAUAAGAGGCCUUUGGAAAGGAACUUUUCCAAACGUGACAAGGAAUGCCAUAGUCAACUGUACUGAACUGGUGACUUAUGAUUUGAUAAAAGAAAAUCUGCUUCACUACAAGCUAAUGACAGAUAACCUUCCAUGUCAUUUUUUGUCGGCUUUUGGGGCUGGGUUCUGUACUACAGUUAUUGCCUCUCCGGUAGAUGUUGUAAAAACCAGAUAUAUGAAUUCCCCUCCAGGACAGUACAAAUCCGCUUUAAACUGUGCCUGGACUAUGAUCACCAAGGAGGGGCCAACGGCUUUUUAUAAGGGUUUUGUUCCUUCCUUUCUACGGCUGGGAUCCUGGAAUGUAGUAAUGUUUGUGUCUUAUGAGCAACUGAAAAGAGCAAUGAUGAUGUCAAAGCAGAGAAUGGAGUAUGCCGUGUGAUCUUAGGAAUGAAAAGAAAACCACGAAAAGCUUGGACUCCAGGAUCCAUUUCUUACAGUUCAUUGGCCUGACUCCACAUUGCUAUAAUAAGUCUGGAAAGCCAGUCCAGAAACUCUCCUUAACUGUUCCUAAGAGUAGUGAGUGCCCAUCAUUAGUGCAAUGUCAUGGCCAACUGUAAAGGAAAAUUCUGAAUGUUUGGAAUAAGCUUGCGCUCGUCUUUAGUAGGAUAUCAGUAUGUUUGCUGUACUUUGAGUACAUAUAGAAUUUCGAGGAGGCAGGAGGAAACAGACCAGGCCAUUCAGUAUUCGUUAAACUGCAAUUACCCAAGAAGCUAGAUGAUUUUGUUUUUUUUCCAACAAAAGAGGUUCGGAAGACGGGCCAUAUUUAUUAUUUUGGAAUUUCUGGCGUAUUUUACUUGGGAUCAGUUAAAGCCACUUUCUUUCUACAUAACAUUAACACACAACGAUUGCAGUAGUUAAAAGGCACUUUAUGUUUGGUAACUUCAUCCCAAGAGACUUGCCCUAACAAUUAAAUAUUGCAGUCCAUCAGAGUAAAAUAGAAGCCCUGAAAAUGAAGCCCAGACACAAAAAAUAUUUCUAUUGUUAUACAUUAUUUAAACUGUAGAAUGAGGAAUGCGGACACUAUAAAAAUGUUUUUUUCUUUUAUAUAUAUAUUUUCGUUAUAUAAAUUAAAUGACUAAAUGAUCAUAAAAAAAAAGUUUUUUUGUACAAGC